AUGGAACACAAGGAGUAUUAAAUUACACUCCAAGCAUGUUGUUAUAAAUAGGAUCGUAUUUCCACAGCGUAUUCACGCAAUCGAGUCGAUGGCUGCAAAAGCACGCCGAAAAAGUACUACAAACAAGGAGAAUCCACUGUAACUAUUUCACGUUGCAGACUUUGCAAUUGUGUUACUGAUCCAAAACAUAGCAAGAGUCUGUUUUUGAGGAAGAAUCAGGCAAUUCUACACAACGCUGAGAAAAUAUUUUGCGGCGAGUUGCCACACGAAAGCAAUUUUCCUGCUCAUAUUUGUGCGCCUUGUGAGAGAAGACUAAACAAUGCCAUUCAGUUUAAGAACGUAAUAACAGAGACUCAGAAAGCGUUAGCUGAAAAUGUUCGCACAAAACGUUGUGUAGAUCUAUCGCCAACUGUUGUACAGCCCACGAAAGUGCGAGCUGCUGGGAGUUCACGUCGACGAAGCAUCGACUUCAAUGUGUCAACCACUGAUGAUACUCAAAGUGCAUCCCCAAAUAUACUAGUAAGUAUCAAGAACUGUUCUUUUUCCAAUAUAUUAUUUAAUUAUUGUCCUUCAUGAGUUAUUAAAUGCUUAACUAUUGAGUUAUUAAAUAUUUUGCGCCAUCAAUGAGCGCAUUCAUGAUCAUGAAUAAAUUUAUUCAUUGAUGCAUAUAUUAUAGUAUUUACUGUAAACAAGAUAUUCAUUAGAUUAAAACAUUUUCUGUAUUUCAUGUUUUAAGGGUACUCCAGUGUUAGUCGAUGCAUCGUCAUAUGUUCUAAAUCAUGCGAACAAAGAACUCAUUGAAGUUGCAAGGAGAGGCAAUCCAUCGGUCCUGAGGCAGAGAUCAUUUGAUGGGUUAAGUUCUGAAACAUGGAUGGCUGAACUCAUAAACGAAAUGAAAACAAGGUGUCCUAUGGCUCAUCAAAUUCUUUCUGGGCUGUUGGAAAACAGCAUUUAUCCAGAGAAGAGGAAUCCUGCUUUGUGCUUAAUUUAUGGCAUCAUAAUGUUCCUAAAAUGUCAUGAAUUAAGCAAAAUACAGAGAAUAAAUUCUGUUUUACUCAUACAAGGACAAGCAUCUGUUAACGUAAGUUAUUCUUAAACAAUUUUGUAUUUAUGUUUCUGAGUUCUAAUUUAUAGUACCAUACAGUAUGCUGUCAUACAGUAUGCUUUAUCACGUUGACAAAUAGAAUUUGUCCAGUAAUGACUUAUCACAGACUUGCUCUGCAAUUGUACUUUAACAUCUCCCCCCUCCCAAGAUUAUAUUGUAUUUUUUAUUUCAAUACUGACCCCCUCUCUCCCUUGUGGAACAAGUCAGCGAUCUGUCAACACUGAACAGAAUACAUACUGUAUUUGUCAAUAACCUUGCGCUCAGCUGUACUAAGAGGAUAGUUGAUGCCACAGCUACACAUCCGAUAGUAAAAACUCAGUGCACUGUCCCCUGUUGGUCAUGUUUGGAAUUAGUUUAAUAACUGCUAGAACAAAAAUUGUGAAUUGGAUUCAUAUUGUACACAGGGUUUGUACAAAACUUGAAAAUCCUUGAAUAUGAAAACAAAAAUUCAAGGCCUUGAAAGUCCUUAAAUCUAUAACGAGGUGCUUGAAAGUCCCAGAAUUUGUUUUGCUUCAGCUUUCCGACAUUGUAUUUUCUGAAAUUUGUUAUAUUUCACAGUUGUAGAUUAAAACCACUUUUUAGGAAUUUCAAAUGCCCUGCCUCGAAAGUCCUUAAAAGACCUUGAAUUUUAAUGUUCCUUACCUGUAUGAACCCCGUGUAUAUUGCAGGCACAGAUUUCUGGGGGGUGCGCACCCCCAGAAAUGAUUUUCACCCCCCCAGAGGCAUUGGGCACCGCCCCAAAAGUUUUUGCACCCCCGCAAAUUAUAUAUAUUUUGAUUUGAUAGUGUCAUAUUUGAUUAUUCUUACUACUAAAUUUGUAAAAUUACCAAUAUUAUGGUCUCAGAUCUCACCAUGCAGGCCUAGAAAACAAAUUUUGUUAACCUUUUUCAUUGGUCUUUCCGAGCAUUGCCACCACGCCCCAGUCAAAGCAAGCAGCAACACCCCCCAGAUAUUUAUCACCCCCCUUCCCCGAACGAAAAUAUGAAAAUCAGUCUCUGGUAUAUUGAUUUUUAUUUUGUGUCAUUGUUAGGUGAUUGCUGAAUUAAAUAAGUAUGGUUUCUGUCUUGAGCUAAAAAUGAAGUACAACAUCCUCAAUGACAUUGGCAAUCAUUUUCUUGACCGUGCUGCAGAGUUGGUGAAGUCUGGACACAGGUUUGUGUAUGUCCUCGACAACAUUGAUUGGGAAGAAAAAGCCCAUGAUAUGAGACAGGAUGUACAAAACCGAAGUGUGCAUGCAGUUGCUACCAGCAUUGUGUUUAAUAGAGUUCCAGAAAAAGAUUUACCAAACUCUGGUCCACAGAAGAAUCUCCAUCACUGUAAUGUCGACGAUCUAGUGAUUGUGAAUGAUGAAGACACCAAAAAAAUUCGAGCCCGCUACCGUGCAAUCAUUGCAAAACUAUUAUUUGAGCAUUUUCCAGCAUUUGAAAUGUUUAAACAGUACACCCCUCAAGUAACUGAGUGUGCAUAUGCCAAAGAAAUGUCAACACGGUCAGAAGUCAUCACAAUGCCAGUUGUAAUGAAGGAUGAGAAGAAGUAUGCUGAAUGUGUUGAUGUUUUGGAUCAGCUGGAGAAAUGGACCCAUGAGAUAUAUUCAGCUGCUGGUCUGUGUUCUCCUGAGUCUGAAUCCUCCAAGGAAAUCACCCCUGUAAUCACAGCCCAUUCCAGACCUGAUCAACCUGCCUCACAUGUACCACCUGCUGCAACCGAGAGUGAUCCAUUGCAUGGUGUGAAAAUACCAUGCAAUGGAGAUCAACUCACCCGUGUCAGAUUUGCUGGUGCGAAAGAUCUACGUGCUGGGUGCCAUUCUCCAAAGCAAAG